AUGGGCGUGCCCCUCGGCUUCCCGUCCUCCUACUCAGAUCCCUGGCUUGACCUCGCCGGCUCCCAACUCCUCCCCAAAUCCUCCUCGCCGACGCCUUGUGGAAGAGCCUCGUCUUCCGGCAGCGUGGGCUGUCCGCUCAACAUGUGCUGCUCCAAAGGCGGCUUCUGCGGGAACACAGACUCCUACUGCUCCGUCGACCAAGGGUGCCAGUCCUCCGUCGGGCCCUGCCACACCGUUCCGCCACCACAAUGCAACUCAUCGAAAAGGACGGCCUCCUCGGGCCGGUCGAUAGGGUACUACUCCGGGUCCAACGUGCACGUGCGCCCCUGCGAUAUCGUGCGGCCGCAGGACAUUGACGUGAGCAGGUACACGCACCUAUACUACACCUUUGCCAACAUCAACCCGACCACCUUCGCCGUCGAGCAGCGCCCGCAGGACAACGACACCAUGUACCGCGCCUUUACGGCGCUAAGCCGCAAAAGCAGCACCACCACCACAACAACAAGGGACGGCAAGAGAGCACGGCCGCCGCCGGAGACGUGGAUCGCGGUCGGCGGCGGCAACUUCAGCUCCUCGCCCGGCUCGGACACGUACACGACGUGGAGCGACAUGGCCAGCACGGCCGAGAACCGCGCCGCGUUUGUGAAAUCGCUCGUCGCGUUCAUGGAAAAGUACGGGUUCCAGGGGGUCGACCUGGACUGGGAGUACCCCGGGAUCAAGGCGUACGGCGGGGCGAGCCCGGACACAGAGAAGCUGGUGCGGCUGGUCAAGGAUAUGAGGGAUGCCUUUGGGAGGCGGUUCGGGAUCAGCAUGGUGCUGCCGCAUCAUAAGCCCUAUCUGAUGGAAUAUGAUCUCAAGGCCUUAGAGCCGUACGUCGACAGCUUCGGCUUCAUGGCCUACGACCUGCACGGCAUCUGGGAAAAGGGCAGCGACGGCACGGGAAAGGUCCAGGGCCAGGCCGACAUCCGCGAGAUCGGGAUGGCCAUGACGCCGCUGUGGUCGGCCGGGGUUGAUCCGGCCAAGAUCAACCUGGGCUUGCCGUACUAUGGGCGCGGGUACACGCUGAAGAGUGAAACGUGUGCAGACCUCGGCUGCACCUUCACCGGCCCCUCUGUGCCCGGCAAAUGCGCACAGUCCAGAGGCAUCAUGAUGCUGUCUGAGAUCCAGCAGCUCCUCGGCGAGGGCACGGCCAAAUCGUCCACCAUCCCGGGCGCCAUGAUGAAGAAGCUCACGUGGUCGGACCAGUGGGUCGGGUAUGAUGACGAAGACACGAUGAGGCAGAAGACACAGUGGGCGGACGGCAAGUGUCUCGGCGGAGUGAUGUACUGGAGCGUUGAUCAGGAUGUUCAUCCGUGA